CCUUUAACAACCUUCGUUAAAUACUUUUCAUAAACCAUCAAACAUGAGAUCUAAUCUCACCCUCAAACCACUUAAAAAAACAAUCAGGACUUUCAGCAGGUCUCUCUUCUUCCACUUUUCCUGUUUUUUACAGUGAAGACGACAAGUUGGUGUAACUAGUGGAGUUUUUCUACUGCUGCAAUAGUAAAAAUGGAGUCUUUGAACUAUGCUUUUGAAGAAAAAGGUUUUCAUUGUUCUGAUGAGUUACCUGUAGAUUCCUUAUCAAGAACUAGAAGUCUUCUUAACGAAUUCAGCUUAAACCCUUUCUCUGAUCAUCAUGAAGGAGAAGAGUUCAUAGAGUCUGGUUUGGCAGAAAUGCUACAGAGAUCCAAAACUGAUAAUGAUCUUAGGCAAACAGCACUUUGCACUGGUGAUGCUAAUCCCGUGUUCAUUGACUCAAAGUCAUGCUCAGAUAUGGCUCCAAAGAAACGAAUGAAUCCAAAGAAGAUGGUAAUGAAUGAUUCCAAAGAAGGGAAAAGGGCUCGAGUCACUAAUUUUAGUGCCAAACAAGUCCUUAUUUGUCAAGUUGAUGGAUGUGACCGGGACCUGAGUUCUUCUAAAGACUAUCACAAGAGGCAUAAAGUGUGUGAUGAGCACUCUAAAACGGCCAAAGUCAUUGUUAAUGGCAUCGAGCAGCGAUUUUGCCAGCAAUGUAGCAGGUUUCAUUUGCUAGCAGAAUUUGACGAGGAUAAAAGAAGCUGUCGCAAGCGCCUUGCAGGCCACAAUGAGCGCAGACGAAAGCCUCUGCGCGAAUCUCAUUGGGGUAAAAUGACUUCAUUUUGUUCUAACCAGUACUCCUUAUAUUUUGCAGUACUUAAUGUAAUCAACCAACAUAUAAUGCCACUUAUCCUAUCACUUGAGUUUUAGAGCUACUUUGGUUAGGGGAUUUUAGGGGAGGUAGGGGGACCGGGGACGAGUAAUUUUUCAUUUUUACGGAGUAAACUAUUGUGGUGUGUAGGCAAUUGGAAAUAAAGUGGAGAUUAAAUACUAUAAAGAAAUAUCUAAUCUACCUAAGCAUAGAGUUAUUUCUUGUCUAAAGUCUAAACUAACACAUAGAGAUAAGUAAGAGAAAAACCAAUCCUCUCAUUCUCUCCGAAAUUCCCAAACCGUACAUGCCAUUAAUAUUGAAACAGGUCUGCAUUAAUAGAAUCAUAUAUAACAUUAAGCUAGGUUAAAUGUAUAAAAUGAUUCUGAUUAGUCUAACAACGCACAGGCUUAAGCAUUAGGGAGUGUUUGCAACAGCUUCUGCUUUAAAAAAAGCACUUUUGGAGUGAUUUGGAAAAAGUGAUUAUUUGUAAAAGUUGAUAGUGUUUGAGAAAAAAGUGAUUUUGAAAAGUAAAAGUUGGUAGUGUUUGGUAAAAUAAGUGCUUUUGGUGUAUAAAAAGUGGAAAAGCACUUUUGACACGAAAGCCGAGAAAAAUAAAAAAUUGGUAGUGUUUGGUAAAUAAGUGCUUUUUUAAGCCAAAAGCUGAGAAGUGCUUUUUUUAAAGUGGUUGCAAACCAGCCUUUAGUCUUUUUAGUGCUAGUCAACAACAACAUUCAAGUCUUAGUUCAAGUGUUUGGGAUCGGUUCUAAUGCUUUUAUAAGGACACAUACAUCGUCUUAUGUUAAUGGUUUUUAUUUUAUGUAUUACACAGAUAUUGCAGGGCCAAGGCUCUUAAAUUUAACUGCAGAAAAGACUGUCUCAUUUUUGUUCCCAGAAGUACUCAGCACCAACCACUUUUUUGAAGAAAAGUAUGAUCCUGAAGAAAGAGUCAUUGAUUUGCCACAACCAAAACCAGCUCAAGAACUCUGCAGGGGAGAAAAUUUCAUAGCUUCUCACUCUCUUCUGUCAGCAAAUAAUGAAAACGUUCUAAGCUAUCCAUUAAGCGAGUUGGACAACUUUGGAGUAGCGGAGAGGGAAAGCGUUCUUAAAGUUAGUGAUGGCAAUAUUGGCUUGAACUUCGAAGCUGAAAUGGAUAGGAAUCUGCACAUAUCAGAUUCUUGGAAUUUGAAUAUGCAUAUGUCCUCCGAAAGCGGGGAAACCAUUGAUCUGCUGCAGCUGUCCACACAUCUACUUAGAGUGGAGCAGCAGAGAAGUUACCCGCAGGUGAAACAAGAUAGCUGUAACUUCUGUUUUACUACCAGUUGAGGAUCUGCAAAUGCAUUUAGUUAUUAGAGUCCUGUUUACACAUUUGCAGAAGUAGUGAUGAUUUUCAAAAUUGCAACUGAGUGGGUAGAAUAUUUAUAUAGUUGUAAGGUUUUCUUGGUUAUGAAUAAGGUUCAGCUUAACUCAACCUUGGAAAAGUUAAUGAAAAGUGAGGACUGUUCAACUCUUACAAAGAGAUUCAUUCAUUUUUAAAUAGUUACUCAAGGUGAGACAGUUUCCAAUAUUCUUAUAAUUCUUAAAAGAAG